CGGAGCUUGACAAAAAAAAACAGAGGCUGGCAUGGAACUGCUUUGUUUCUCUUGUGUUAUGCUGGUACUCGUGGUAUGUGGUUUAGGAGGCGAGGAUAUGACCAGGACAUAUGCAGGCGUUGAGAAAAUGGAGAGCUGUUUGACCCCGAAAAUUGAAAGCUACAUAGAACAGCUCACCGUGAUGAGCGAAACAGCGCAAUGUGAAUGGAUUAAAAACACAUCCAAGACUUGUUUAAUUCAAGUCUAUGGUGACAACAAACCUAGCGAUGAGGAGGUAGACGAAUACACCAUCAUAGCAGACACCAUGGCGGCUAUGUACAACCCAAACUGCCAAUUUGACAUCCAUCUUAUAGUACAAGAAAUCUGGCCACAAAACAAGGGAUCCAACAUCAUUCAAACAACGGACCGGACGAAUGUCACAAUGGAGCAAAAGAAGCACAGUACCAAUCAAAGGGUCGCUGUAUCUAGAGCGACUAACAAAUCAAAAGAAAAAAAAGACUUCAGCAAAACUAAUCCAGACUUAAACAAAAGCCCAACUGUUAACCCAGUAUCGUCAGCAACUGCUAAUGAUGUAAAAGUAUCUCAGCAAAAAACUAUUAUUUUAGCAGUUGCUGUCACUGUUUCUCUUAUUUUUUUAUGUAUACUUUUAAUUGUUUUAUUGAAAAAAAUACUUCAGCGCUUUAAUUCUCAGCAUGCACGGUAUAUCCACAGCAUUUAAACGAUAACAAUAAUAAUAUCUAUAGGUAAUUAUAAUUGUUUUCACAGUUAAACUUCACAAAUAAUAUCAUGUAAUACAUUUACGGCUGGAAUUCGACCCUUCAUAAGAAUAUGACGAGGUAACAGAAACAGGUGAACUCUACUUAACUUGCCCCAAUAACCCUCAGGUUCGAAAAGGGAAAAUUAUUUUCUUUGCUUUUACACAUUUCAGUACGCGUUCUUAUUAAUUUGUUUUAAUUAUUAAA